CUCAUCUCAAAAAUUUCGUGGUUCACAACACUGGCCAACAAUUAUUGUUGCAACAAAUAAAAAGGUUCUUUAAUCUUACGUGUGAAAAUUUGUCAAAGCUUGCCAAAGACCUUGCGGCAACUAAAUUGAAAGCUACACAGGUGUAAAAUGCGCUAGCGAUAAAAAUAUUCCUUUAAAGACUAAUCGAACGGAAACGGUGAAAAAGCAAUCAGUGUGUGCACAAAAGAAAAAAGAUACGAUGAGACUGCCAGGAUUGUUGUGUUUGUUGCUGUUGUUUGUGGUGCAGCAUUCGCAGCUGUUGCGGGCGGAGGAGCUGCAGGGUCCAAUCUCGGAAAGCGCCAGCGCGACAGAGACAGCAACAGCAACAAAGUCGGAGGAGAUAAGCACAGCGGAUAAGGAUAAGGAGUCGCCGCCUGUGGACGCCGCCAGCAAUGAUCGCAAGGCUGCGAAGCUGAAGGACGCGGAAUUCGCUCCACGCACCAAAGUAAUGCCAGCUGCAUUGUUUGAGCGUCUUUGGAACGAUAGCUUAAUGAAGCAGCAGAAGCUCAAGGCACAAAUCGAGGCCAUUGAGGCGGAGCAGCCACAGGUGGAGGCGGAGCUGACGCCGGAGCAGCUGGAGGCGCAGAGUCUGUUCGACAAUGCCAUGGAGAUUCUGAGCAAACCACGUACGGAUAAACGAGUUGCCUUCACGCUGCUCCGCAAGGCGGCAGCCUUUAAUCAUGCCAAGGCGAGAGCUGAGGUGGCCUGGGCCAUGUUACUGGGUCUCUGGAUGCCAUUUGAUUUCCAGCAGGCGGCUGAGGAGUUUGAGAGAUUGGCGAUUGAUGGUUUACCGGAGGCGCAUGCGGGAUUAGCCUUUCUGUAUUCGGUGGGCGUGGGUGGCAAGAAUGUUAGUCAGCCCCUGGCAUUGAUUCAUUACACGCUGGCAGCCCUGGGUGACAAUACAUUGGCUCAAAUGGCCAUGGGUUAUCGCUAUCUGUAUGGCAUUAAUGUGCCCAUCAGCUGUGAGAAGGCGUUGAUCCAAUACAAGCGAGUGGCCAGAAAAGUCGCCUCCAAGGUGACCUUCGCCAAUGGUCCCGUGGUGCACAGAGUGCGUCUGCUCGACGAGCUGGAGAAUCCGGGCAGUCACGAGACCGAAAUCGUCGACUACUAUCAGCUAUUAGCUGACAAGGGCGAUGUCCAAUCGCAGGUGGGAUUGGGUCAGUUGUAUUACCAGGGCGGCAAGGCCAUUCAGCAGGAUCAUCAGAAGGCUUUGGAGUACUUUACCUUGGCUGCGAAUGCGGGCAAUGCCAUUGGAUUCGCCUUCCUGGGCAAGCUCUAUCUAGAGGGCAGUGAGCAGAUCAAGGCGGACAACGAGACGGCCUUCAAGUAUUUCUCCAAAGCCUCCGAAAUGGGCGAUCCCGUGGGCCAGAGCGGUUUGGGUCUUAUGUACCUGAAGGGUCUGGGUGUACCAAAGGAUUCCAUCAAGGCUUUAUCGUAUUUCACACAGGCUGCGGAUCAGGGCUGGGUUGAUGGCCAAUUGCAACUGGGCAACAUGUAUUUCACGGGCAAUGGUGUCAAGACAGACUACAAACUGGCGCUCAAGUAUUUCAAUUUGGCAACACAAUCGGGUCAUGUUUUGGCCUACUAUAAUCUGGGCAUUAUGCAUGCCUAUGGCAUGGGAAUGCUGCGAUCCUGUCCAGCUGCUGUUGAGUUCUUUAAGAACGUGGCGGAACGUGGUCGCUGGAGCAGUCGAUUGAUGCACGCCUACAAUGACUACAAACAGAAUCGGAUCGAUGAGGCUUACAUGCAUUAUGCCCUCUUGGCCGAGGUGGGUUACGAGGUGGCCCAAAGCAAUGCAGCCUUUCUUCUGGAUCGCGAGGAGGUUCACGUAUUCAACGAUCGACACGAGGACUUGAUUAGAGCAUUUUAUUACUGGAAACGUGCUGCUGGUCAAGGCUAUUCCGCUGCCCAAGUAAAGCUGGGGGAUUACUACUACUAUGGCUGGGGCACAAAAACGGAUUUCGAAACAGCCGCGGCACUUUACAGGAAAGCUUCGGAGCAGCAGUAUAAUGCACAGGCCAUGUUCAAUUUGGGCUAUAUGCAUGAGCAGGGGCUCGGCAUGAAGAAGGAUUGGCAUUUGGCCAAGAGAUUAUACGAUUUGGCGGCCGAAACAAAUUCGGAUGCCAAAGUGCCUGUGGCAAUUGCGCUUUUCAAGCUGCAGAUGCUAGCCAAGAUUGAGUCCAUCAAAGAGUCUCCUUAUAGAUUCAUCUUUUAUAUGGAUGAAAACAUUGCUGCUAAUUGGGAUUUAUAUUUGAUCACAAUACUGACUUUGUUGCUGGGCAUCAUCAUGUACGCCAGGCGUCCAUUUCAACAGCCAGAGCAGCAAGUGGCACAACAGCCGGCAGCUCCGCAAGUCCACGACAUGGCAGCCGUGCCUGUUAAUGCCGCGCCAGCAGCAGAGGCAACCGGAGCAACCGGAGGAGCAGCAGCAGCAGAUGCAAUUGUAGCCGCUGCAGCUGCAUCAGAAUCCACUGCGGCUGCAUCCGCAUCCACAGCGACUACAACGGCGUCCAGCACAACUGGCAGCUCCUCUUCUCCAGCUCCGGGGACGAGCAGCAAUACACUUGAUCCCACUGAUUAGUCUUAAUGCAAUUUGGUUAAUCAUCCUUUAGCUUAAUUAGUGACCAUGUAAAUAUUUAUCAUCCAAUUUUUUAUGAUUUCUGAAUGGAAUUUUUUUAGAUAUUUAAAAAAAUCAGAUAUAUCUUACUCAAACAAAAUAUAUGUGUGUUGUAAUCAUAAAACCAAGGUUCGCAAAUAAGAGUUAUGACUUAAAAAGCAAUUAAAGCU